CUGGAGGCGGCGGGGGCAUCGGGAUGGAGGGCGGGCCGAGCGAGGGGCAGCGCUCUUUGGCUCUGCGUCUUCCCGCCCGCGGCUCUGUCUGGUCUGCCCUGGAGCUAGGCGGCGCCAGCUGCUGGACGCGACAGGACGGGAAGACAAGGACCAGAAGGAACCAGAGUCCAUGGCCUCGUAGUCUGGAAGACCCGGAAGUGCCACUGGCUUCACCACUCGCUCAGACAUUGGGCCUGCCCGCGAUGCAAAUGACCCUGUGGAUGAUCGCCACGCGCCACCAGGGAAGAGAACCGUGGGGGACCAGAUGAAGAAAAACCAGGCUGCUGAUGAUGACGACGAGGAUCUGAAUGACACCAACUAUGAUGAGUUUAAUGGUUAUGCUGGGAGCCUCUUCUCAAGUGGACCCUAUGAAAAAGAUGAUGAGGAAGCAGAUGCUAUUUAUGCAGCUCUGGAUAAAAGGAUGGAUGAAAGAAGGAAAGAAAGAAGAGAACAAAGGGAGAAAGAAGAGAUUGAGAAAUACCGUAUGGAACGCCCCAAAAUCCAGCAACAGUUCUCAGAUCUCAAAAGAAAGUUGGCAGAGGUCACAGAAGAAGAGUGGCUGAGCAUCCCAGAGGUCGGUGAUGCCAGAAACAAACGUCAGCGGAAUCCUCGCUAUGAGAAGCUGACCCCUGUUCCGGAUAGCUUUUUCGCCAAACAUUUACAGACAGGAGAGAACCACACUUCUGUGGAUCCCCGGCAAACUCAAUUUGGAGGUCUGAACACACCCUAUCCAGGUGGGCUGAACACUCCAUACCCAGGUGGAAUGACACCGGGCCUGAUGACACCUGGCACAGGGGAGUUGGACAUGAGAAAGAUUGGGCAAGCGAGGAACACUCUGAUGGACAUGAGGUUGAGCCAGGUAUCUGACUCGGUGAGUGGACAGACUGUUGUAGACCCUAAAGGCUAUCUGACAGAUCUAAACUCUAUGAUCCCGACCCACGGAGGGGACAUCAAUGAUAUCAAGAAGGCGCGACUGCUCCUCAAGUCUGUUCGGGAAACAAAUCCGCAUCACCCACCAGCCUGGAUUGCCUCUGCACGCUUGGAGGAAGUUACUGGGAAGCUGCAAGUAGCUCGGAACCUUAUUAUGAAAGGGACAGAGAUGUGCCCCAAGAGUGAAGAUGUCUGGCUAGAAGCAGCCAGAUUACAGCCUGGAGACACAGCUAAGGCUGUUGUGGCCCAAGCUGUCCGUCAUCUCCCACAGUCUGUUAGGAUUUACAUCAGAGCAGCAGAGCUAGAAACAGACAUUCGAGCAAAGAAGCGGGUUCUUCGAAAAGCCCUCGAGCAUGUGCCAAACUCUGUUCGCUUGUGGAAAGCGGCUGUUGAGCUGGAAGAGCCUGAAGAUGCUAGAAUCAUGCUCAGCCGAGCUGUGGAGUGCUGCCCCACCAGUGUAGAGCUCUGGUUGGCUUUAGCGAGGCUGGAGACUUACGAAAAUGCCCGCAAGGUCUUAAAUAAAGCACGUGAGAACAUUCCUACAGACCGGCACAUCUGGAUCACGGCUGCCAAGCUUGAGGAAGCCAACGGGAACACUCAGAUGGUGGAGAAGAUCAUUGACCGAGCCAUCACUUCCCUGCGGGCCAAUGGUGUGGAAAUCAACCGUGAGCAGUGGAUACAGGACAGCAGUCCCCAGCCUUUUGUAACCAGGGACCAGUCUUAUAGAAGACAGCUUUUCUGCAGACUAUGGGUAGGUAGGGAAGAUGGUCUGAAGGUAAUUCGAGUGCAUUACAUUUAUUACCUACCUUAUUAUUACAUUGUAAUAUAUAAUGAGAUAGUUAUACUGCUAACCAUAAUACAGACUCAUUGGGAGCCCUGAGCUUAUUUUCCUGUA